AUGGCGGAAACCAUUCGAAAGGUGGCAAAAGAGACAUUAAGGGUGUCGACGGGGAAAACAAAGGUGUACAAAGAGUCGUGGUGGUGGAACGAAGAAGUGAAAAAGAAGAUAAAGGACAAAAACAUGAGAUUCAAGGAGCUCAUGACUUGCACGGAGGAGGAGGAUAGGACACAUAAGAAAGAGAGGUAUAAAGAAGCAAAAUGGGCGGCAAAGAAAGCAGUAGCGGAGGCAAAAGAUUGCGCGUUUAAAGCCUUUUAUCAAAACCUUGAGACCAAAGAGGUGAAGAAGUAUAUUUGUAAGUUGGCAAAAGCAAGAUCUAGGCAUAAGAAGAACUUAAGGACAGUGAAGUUCAUUACGGAUGAAGGUGGACGAGUACUCCUUAGACAAGAGGACAUUAAGAUGAGAUGGCAUCAAUAUUUUUCCCAACUGCUCAAUGAGACUAGGGGUCUAAAGGAGAAUAUUCAAAAAACUUCAGACUUCCAAAGAACACAAGAUCAUGGGUCGAUUAUUGAUAUUACCACGGCGAAAGUAGGAGAAGCUCUCAAAUAA